AAACAAUUGAGUGAGUGGGUGUGUUGUUGGUGUACUUCAGCGUUGGUGUGUCCUAUAGUGAAAGAUGCCUGACGUGAUCGAGGACGAGAUCAGGCACGUGCUCGCGGGCCAAAAUACACGGGUCGCCGAUGACCUUUGCGACUACAGUCUGGAGCAGCAGAACGAGAGCGCCGAGGCCAAUGGAAUAAAGCCAGCAGUGAGUUCGUCGUACGUGCCAGUGUGUCAAAAAACGGUCACUUACAUCGUGGCGGCUGUUUUAAUUAAUGAACACGACGAAGUGCUCAUGAUACAAGAAGCCAAGCCGUCUUGCAUGGGAAAAUGGUACCUGCCAGCAGGACGAGUCGAGCAACACGAGAAUCUCGUCGACGCGAUGAAGCGCGAAGUGUUGGAAGAAACCGGCCUACUGAUGGACCCGAAAACACUGUUGAUGGUCGAGUGCGCGAGCGGUUCUUGGUUCAGAUUCGUCAUGACCGGGAGUAUUAUUGGGGGUAGCUUGAAGACCCCGGACCAGUCCAACGAGGAGUCAUUGCAGGCCUGCUGGGUUCGGGAGGUGACGAGCUUGCAGCUCAGAUCUAGUGAUAUUCUGACUCUCGUACAGAAGGGCAGGGAUUACGUCAGUAAAAUUGGCGGGCCGUGGCACGCGAACGUUUUGCCGGUCGAGAGGGCUCGUAACAAAUUGUACCUGAGACUUAUCGUUUGCAUCAAAAAGAAAGCGACGAAUAGAUUACAUGUACUUAUGUCAGAGAAAACGUCGUUACAUCUGCCAGUUUGCGAAAUUAAUCCAGGAAAAAAUCUGCACUCUACUUUACACAGGUUUAUGGUGGACAUUUUUGGAGAAGGGAUUCCACAACAUAAGCCUCACGGCUUGUUAUCAGUAGAGUACAGUGGUAUUGGAGAGGGCGAUGGCCUCUGUCUGACACUGCUCAUAUCGUUCAGGCCACCAUUAGAGGAGGUGUCUAUCAAUGGAAAAUAUAUCUGGCAUGAGUUGCCCCAAGCUCUUGCGGACACAAUAACGUCUCGAUUGCCUCGCAAUAUGACGAUUGCACUUAACGUUAUUCGUUGAUCAUAUCGAUACAUAUCUUCUUUGGAAGUACAAUUUAUUUUUCAAACUUCCUGAAUUGAUUUUUUUUUUUCAAAUUGCCUUUAAACAAUUGUACAUAAUGUUAGUAGUAUUACUAACUCGAAAAAU